AUAAACACCUCAUAAGGACACACAAAAAAAGGAAUCUUACUAAGAGAAGAGUGAAUGUGAGAGAAAGAGGGAGAGAGAGAGUGACAGUUAUACAGAGGGGAAGCAGAGACAAAGUAGUGACCUGAGAAUAAAAAGUCACAGCAUCACUUCCAAGGACACGUCACUGUAUGUCUUUUUAUAGUGUUAAAGCCCACCUGGACUGAACCCUGCGGCACACACACAGCCUGUAAGGACAUUGAGCUGAGAGGAAACAAAAAAAGUUACAGCAGAAUCAACAGGAUGAAGCUUCUUGCUCUACUAUUAAUGGUUUCCAUCUGUGAUAUUGCCUGGUCCCAAUAUGAAGAGGACGAUGCUUAUUGGUGGCUUUCCUACAUUCGUAGCCAACAAUAUAGUAGCCAGCAAUACAGUAGUCAGCUAUAUGGCAAUCAGGUAUACAGUUAUGGCCCUUCCUAUGAUUAUGAUCCAGGACCUCCACCACCUUCCGCUACUGAUUGCCCCCAGGAAUGUGAGUGCCCACCAAAUUUCCCCACUGCCAUGUACUGUGAUAGUCGCAACCUCAAAUAUCUCCCUUAUGUUCCAUCUAGAGUCAAGUAUGCCUACUUUCAGAACAACCAGAUAACCGCUAUUCCCGAUGGAGCCUUUGAUAAUGCCACUGGGCUGGUAUGGCUGGCACUACAUGGGAACCAACUUUUAACUGAUAAGGUGGGCAGGAAGAUUUUCACCAAGCUCAAAGGGCUGGAGAGACUGUACCUACAGCACAACAAUCUAACCCGCAUUCCCAGUGGUCUACCCCGGUCAUUGCGGGAGUUACACCUCUCUUCUAACCAGAUAUCACGUGUCCCUAGUAAUGCCCUUGAAGGGCUAGAGAACUUGACUGCUCUAUACCUGCAUGAAAAUCAGAUUCCAGAUGUUGGGGGUGCCCUGAGGGGACUGAAGUCCCUGGUGCAUUUGGACCUAAGCAACAACCAGCUGAACAAGCUACCUGAAAAACUUCCUGACACCUUAGAACAAUUGUAUCUUGAGUACAAUCAACUGAGUACAGUUCCUUCUGAGUAUUUUAAGGCUUAUCCCAAACUCCAGUAUGUCAGGAUCUCCCACAAUCGUCUCACUAAUGAAGGUGUACCAGGAACCACAUUUAAUACCAGCAGUAUAGUAGAGUUGGACUUGUCUUACAAUCAACUUCACCGUAUCCCGACAGUUAGCACCAGCCUCCAACACCUCUAUCUGCAGGGGAAUCAGAUUGCAGAGUUCUCCGUCAGCAGUUUCUGCUCGUUUGUGGACAUCACCAGCUUUUCUCGACUGCAGGUUUUAAGAAUCGAUGGCAAUGAGAUACGAAGCAACGCCAUCCCACCGGAUACGCCUCUCUGUCUGCGCAAUGCUGACAUCAUCCAUAUGUAACAUGGUUAAAGGACUUUGGACUGACCCCAACAUCUCUGCAGCCCUUCCCUCCCCCUUUACCAGUCACCCACGGACUGACAUGGUGCACAGCACGUUAUGAAAACUGAUAUAAUACAUGGCAGCUUCCAUCAUCAUGCACCCAAAGAGUUAAAAGAUCAUUUAAUGGCUCUUUAGGUCGAUAAAAAAAAAAAAAACUUAGUUUGUGCAAUCUUGAAACAACUGUGACAUGUCACUAACUCUGUUUCCGGUUGGCUUUAUAAAGUUGCACCAAAAAAAAAAGAAAGUGCAUUUCCUCAGGAAAUAUAGGUCAUUUGUUCCACCCUAAAAAAAAGACACCCACACUAGCACUUCAGGAAUUGCAUAAUAUUUCUGUACAGGUGUAGCUGAAGUGGAAAAACUGUAUUAAAGGGUAAAUAGUCAUAACUUAACCAGAAAUAGAGUUUUUCCGCUUAUGCUGACUCAGAGCAAUAUAAACUGCAGUUCAGUGCUGAAGUGACACUUCCAUUAGUAGUUUUCUGUACAGUGUCACUGUAAAAAAAGGGACGAGUGAGUACUGGUAAUUGGUUUACUUCUGACUAAAAAAGUCAUUAAAGGGACAUAGGAUUCAAAAUGAAAAAAAUCAUGAUUCAGAUUGAGUGUAAAAUUUAAAAUAAACGUUGUAAUGGUUUAUUUUGUUGACAUUUAGCUACUUUCUAUGAGAGCAUAACAAGGUAGGUACUAUAUAUGUAACAUUGUUGCAAAUACCCCUGCUAUAUAGUGCUCAAGACAUAUGUAAUGUCCUGAGCCUACCUCAGUAUGCUCUCAUGAAAAGGAACUAAAAGGAAGCCAAGAGAAAGAGGUUCAUUUGAAUUUGUUUUUAAUAUUUAAUUUAAUUGAAUGCUGUAUCUGAAUUAUGAAAGUUUAAUGUUAGCUUUCUUGUUCCUUUUAUGAUAGGAUAGCUUGCAAACAACAGUACUCAUUUUGUUCCUAUAUGAAAUGUAAAGAGAGCACAUGAUUCACAGCAAAAAAAUUAGCUUCUGUACAUAUAAAAUAUCAAUGCUUAAUCUUAUUCUAAAAAAUAAUUUAACAGCAUAUAUGCAGAUUUAAGUGAGGUAAUUCUGAUAUAAAAACAGCUUUACAAGAUACACAGGGUGGACGUGUUUAGUGAUGGCUUUUAGUUAAAAGGGACAUUAAACACUAAUUACAUUUCAUGCACCUCCCUUUAAAUAUGGGUGUAGCCAUUUUGGAACAUAGGUUUCACUGCAGGUAUCUGAAGGAGAGUUGCUGCACACAUGCAAAGACUUUAGUAAUGAAAUGCAGUUAAAAUUAGAUUUCAACAUUGUGGCACCCAUAACUAGAGGAAGGCGAGGAAUGACGUCAAUACUAUGCUUAUAAAAUAUAUUUAGUGUCUUAUGUCCCUGUAUAAACCUCUUGCACAUUCCCUAGGAUGGUCAAAGAGGGUGUUCUGUAACCAGCUGAAAACGAAAUAGCUGGUUAAGACAUCAUUUUAAAAACUUUUGCUUUUUGUCCACUUGUGGGACAAAGCUCAAUUUUUCCCAAAAGCAAGAGGUGUUUAAUGUCUCUUAAAGGGACACUGAACCCAAUUUUUUUUUCGGGAUUCAGAUAGAGCAUGCAAUUUUAAGCAACUUUCUAAUUUACUCCUAUUAUCAAUUUUUCUUCGUUCUCUUGCUAUCUUUAUUUGAAAAAGAAGGCAUCUGAGCUGGACAGCACUUGUUUAUUGGUCGGUUAAAUUAAUCCACCAAUCAGCAAGAACAACCCAGGUUGUUUACCAAAAAUGGGCCGGCAUCUAAACUUUCAUUCUUGCUUUUCAAAUAAAGAUACCAAGAGAAUAAAGAAAAUUUGAUAAU